UAUAUAUUUUAAUUAGUUGAGAACUGUCCUGUAUAUAACAGUAAUGUAGCAAUAAAUGUGCCAUUUUUAAUAACAGAUUAUACCUUUUCCAAUGUCUGGCUUUUGAAUAUUGUAUACAUAAAAGGAAAAUAAAGGAAAACAUUGUAAUAAAGGGUUUAUUGUAGUUCGGAAAAUGAAUUUGUUCAUAUUUUCCAUUGCUAGUAGCCGGUUAGGGAACAAAUGCGUUUAUGACAGUUUUAUGAUUAUGCAACUAAGGCACCAUAUUAAAUUCAAGACAUGAUACCACUUAAUACUAUUGAUUUUAUAAAGUCUAUACUCUGAGGACUGGAGUAUUAGUUAUAGCUGGAUGGUUGCCCGAAGACAGAGCACACAGUUUCGUUAAAACAAAACUCUGUUGUAAAUGGAGGCAUUAGAAAUGGUGGCCUGAAACGACCCUGAGCUGUUGCACGCAGCCCGUUGGCUAUUUUUAACAGGCAUGAGAGGAGGCAGCCCAGGGUCCUUUAACAGCCAUCAGCGAGAAAACAUUGCAUGGAGUAAAGAACUACAACUGAGAGAAGGUCAGGAUGGUCCAGAAAAUACUCAAUAAAUUCGUCGGUAGCAAGUAUAUUGCUGUUCUAAAGGCAUGGGUACCAAAUAUGGUUGCCUGGGGAACAGUUGGUGGCGUGGCGCUCAUUCACUUCACAGACUGGCGAUUAGUUCUAGACUAUGUGCCAUACAUUAAAGGGAAGUUCAGCAAGGACGAGUAAAGUCCCACACAACUAAAUUGACCAGAGCUUGGCAAUGGGCACAUGGGUGAUGCCCUGGCUCAACAAUCAGUCCGCAUGGGGGGCUUGUUAGGAGUUUGGACAACAGGAUGCACUCUGUAUAAAUGCUGUUCUUGAUCCAGUAUUAUGUAAUGUGAAUAAAUCUUUCAUUUACCCCAGUGCGUCCAGUCAUUCUGCAGAAUUUCAGCUAAUAAAAUGUUGUGUUUAAACUGCUUGGUGAGAGGGGUUUGAAAUCUAUUUUGUGUUCAGUGCUUCAUAUGCAAGUCCAGUAUGUUUGCAAUGAUUUUUUUCAAGAACUGCAUAUACUUAAAGUUUCUUUUGCAUGGGGCAGUUGUGAAAGCGUGGCUUUGUAGACCUGAUAUUUGCCAACUGGUCAUGACUUUUUGUACUGUAAAAGUAGUGUGAAAUAAACGUUUUUAUUGAAGAGAA